AUACGAAUGUGCAUAAAAACGAAACCAAAUGCAAAAAAAGUUAAAUAAAUUCUAGUCAUUACGAACCGAACCAGUUAUCGAUAACCGCGCAAUAAUCGCUUGUGCCAUAGCCUUCCUAUCGUUAUCGCCGGCGGUUUUUGUGUGCAAAUAAUAAUAAUAAACAAAUCAUCACUUAAAAGACCGUGUGAGAAUGCAGUGGACGGGACUUUGUCUGCUGGCCGUGGCCGUAAUGUGUACAUCAGGGAAUCCGAUUUCCUCGGACACGGCCUUCCUGACGCCGGGUACGUCCUUAAAUAUUACGGAGAACACCUACGGAUCGAAGACGUUGCGGACGUACUGCUAUCAGGGCAAGCGCUAUUCCAUACUGAGUCUGUUCGAGUCGAUGGAAUUCGGUCUGGCGAUCGGCAGCGAGGACUAUGCCCAAUAUGGUGGCAAGACGCCGGAGGAGGUCCUGGAGCACUACAACCAACAGCGAUCGCUUUUCAGCAUUACCCUGUUUUCCCAGAAGCGUCUGCGUGUCCAGCUUUCGCCAUUUGAGCAGCAAUGCAUUGGAAUCUCCUCCCGGCAGCCGUAUAGUGUCGUCCUGAACAUUACCCAGUUGGAUCUAUGGCGAUUUGUCCAGUUUUCUCUGGGCAUCUUAACCUUUUGGAGCGCCCGUCGACUGGCCAAGAACAGUGUGUUCUACUAUUUGGCCGGGGUCCUCAUCGGGAUCUGCGCCUCCCUGCUGGUGGUCAUCUACCUGGCCGCCAAGCUCUUCCCGCGGCGCCCCAUGAUGUACGGCGUCCUGAUCGGCGGCUGGACCAUUGGCUUCUAUGUCCUCAAGCAGCUAGCGGACAACAUGCGACUGAUCUUGCUCACCUACCGCGACCAUGUAGUGUGGUACCUGGUGGUCACCGGACUGAUCUCGUUCUUGAUUUGCUAUCGCAUUGGACCGCCAAAAAAUCCGCGCUCCCAGAAUAUCAUAAUGUGGGUAUUGCAAGCUAUGGGUGGCGUCCUGGUUUACUUUAGUAGCUGGCAUACAAGUGCGUUGGUCUUUCUCAUGGUAAUGGCCUUUGUGGCCCAUUACUUUCCACGGUCGUGGGUGCGUUAUGGUAAGAGUAUGUACCGCCGUCGCUUUCCACCCAAGAAGCGACUUCUAACUCAGGAGGAGUACCUAAAUCAGACGGCCAUCGAGACCUCGAAAUCUCUAUCGGACCUAAGGAAAUUCGUCAACAGUCCAGAGUGCAAGCAGUGGGCCGUGAUGAGCAACCUGCGCAAUCCUAUGCGUUUUGCCUCAUUCGCCAAUGGAGCACCGCAUCUCGAUGACGAGGAGAUCGAGGACUACUCACGGGCUAUUGAGGAAUCCAUGGAGGCGGCACCGCAAGAGGAUCCCGAGGAGUUCCUGCAGUGCAGCAUGUACUAUCGUCCGUCGGCAAGUCGCCGUUUGCUUAACCGUUCGCGUCACCGUGUCAAUAUACCACUGCCGAAUUCCCAGCUUCGCAAUCGCCAGACCGCUCGGGAGUCUGAAAACGAGGAGAGCGAGGAGGAAUUCAUGGAACAAAAUGCAGACCAACCAUAGCAGUACCCCACCAACAAACCAAAAACUCAUUAGGCUAAGCUCAAACCAUCCCAGUGUAUUGUGUCGUAGCAGUUUUCGUUCUGAAAUUCAUUUAGUUUAUGUUCAUUUGUUUUAUUAUUUUUGUUUCUUAAUAUUUCCGAUUAGACUGAAACGCACUGUACUUAUUUGUAACAUUUCUUGUGACUGGUUAGGAAUAAAUCGAAAUUUUAAAUGUUAAA